GCGGUGUUUGAAUGUGUUGGGUGUAGUGCAUUUGAAAAAAUACACCUUGUUCUGGGAUAUGACACUUUGACAACUUUCCCCCUGCUCUUUCCAUGGAUGCCCUAGGUGCAUUGGAAAGAAAGGUGAUAUACACAGAAGCUUCCAGUAUUUAUGAAGCUAUACGACUCAAUCAAAAGGUUAUCUUACUGGAUUCGCGUUCGUUUAUGGUAUAUAAUACCAGUCACAUACAUACUGCUAUAAAUAUAGGGGGUAACAGGGCAUUUCAGAGAAAGUUUUCUCAAAAUCAGGUCCCGUUAGAUUUACUUUUAUGUAAACUGACAAACUUGGGAAACCCUACAGAGUUACGAAAAUUACCAAUUGUUGUCUACGAUGAGUUUAUUGAUUCCAUAUUGAACCUAAUGCCUGGAUGCUUCUUGUUUUCUUUAUUGACGCAAUUGACUCUAAAAUUUCCAGUCGUCUUUCUCCUUAAAGGAGGAUUUUUGGGAUUUCAAGCAUCAUUUCCAGAGUUAUGCUGGACUAAUACAGAAAAACUUGCGGGUGAAGAUUUUGCUGAAUAUCACCAGUGUGACUGCCGAUUAGAACAAAUACUAGAUGCCUGCUUAGGUUAUUCAUCUUCUACUGACUUUUCUAAAAUUCCGGCAUCCGAGUAUGACAUUUUACCUGCAUCGGCCACGACCACUCAUCCAACUUCUAUUUCAUCAAUAUCUUCAAGUUCAAUUUCAUCAAAGUCUACUCCAUCUUCUUUCCAAAUUCCAUCGAAGGAACAGUUUUCAGGUGGGGUUUCCAGAACAUUAAGUCCUGAUGUACCUAUGGAUAAUCGUUCAAGAUCGAUUAUAGAAAUGAAAGUUGAUAAUAUUGGUAGUACAUUAACUCGUCCGUCUCCAAUUCUGCCACAUUUGAUACUAGGAAGUCAGGAAGAUGCUAAUUCCCCAACUAUUUGUAAACGUUAUGGAAUUACUCAUAUUCUUAAUGUAUCUCUUGAAGGCAGUAUUCCUUCACAUAUUCCCAGUCAAAAUUUUUAUCAAAUUCCUGUGAACGACAAUUAUACUGAUCUCAUGACACCAUACUUCAAAGAUGCUUUUGCAUUUAUUGAGUCUGCUAAAGCAGCCCAUGGACGAGUUUUGAUUCAUUGUUCAGCUGGAAUAUCUCGGUCACCUACUCUAGCAAUUGCCUAUCUUAUGUAUUCAUGUAGAAUGAAAAUGCAUGAAGCAUACGAUGUUGUUAAAUCUGGACGAAACAGCGUUGCUCCUAAUUUUAAUUUUCUUGGACAGUUGUUGGAGUUUGAGCAUCAACUUCAUGAUUCUGGUUGUAGUGAAGCUUCUAUUCCAAUCGAUAGCACUCCGACUUUUGACAGCCCUGCUAGUUUGUGUCCAAUUCUAAGCAUGUCCGCAGAGGUGCAAAACUCUUCUAUGUUAAAGUCUGGUCUUCAUUCGUCAUCAUUAUCACUAAAUUUAACUCCAAUGUCUCCGAAGGUGUUAUCUAAGAAACGGGAAAGACCAACAUACCUUGGUUUGGAGGCUACUUCAUCUUUUGCAGGAGUUUCAGAAGGAUCUGUCGGGAAAAGUUCGCUACACUGUGGGGGGUCGGUUAGACCAAUUCCUGAGUCUGGAAUAAGCCCAACUGAAGAAAAACGUAGCAGAGUCUCCGCGUUAUUGUCACCUACUCAAUCUUCUAAUCCAUUAUUACCGUCUCCUUGCACUGGUUUGUCUAAGCUAGAGAUAUCUUCACCCUUAGAAGAGUAUCGAUCUUUACUAUCUGUUUCUCGUGCCCCAUCGUCUUUUGUUCCUGGACAUGUGCUUCCGGGUCCUGAAUCUGCCAUACAGAUGCUUAAAUUCAAACCUUUUCUUUCAUCUUAUACAAGUUUACAAACUUUGAAAUUUGAACCAUGCUCAACUGUUAUGCCACCACAUCCCAUCCAAUUGACCACUACACUUUCACCAGCUAGUAUUCUUAGACUUCGUCGUUCAUCAUCGACAGUUGGUACCGCAAGACCGACUUUGCUUGCUCAGCGUCGUCUUUCUUCACAUGCAAGCGCACCACCGACCCCAAGGCCAGUAUCUACCGACGGAAGUCAUCCAGUUUAUCGUAGUAUUUUGCAUGCACAUGGAGCAUUUCGUUUACCAAGUAACUUGCCAUCAACUAGUUCAUCUAGAGUGAGAGAACUUAGUCCUUCCACCCCAAUAUCUCAAGAACCAAAGCUUGAAUACGAACAGCUGCAGAAGUGUAAUGCGAAUGUUGUUGGGAAUGAAUCAUUUGAAAGCCAGGUUUCUCCCACAGGUUGUUCAAAAUUUCUUUCAUAUUGUCGAAAACCUAGUCUACCUGUUAAUUUAUUGCGCUCACAUAGCAAUGAAAGCUUAAACAGAAGUUACGUAAAAAGUGACAAAUUUCAGGGUUGUCUCAUUUCAUCAUCUAGGUGUUUCAAUACAUCUAAUCUCAGCCGUAGUGCCCCAUCACAACGUGAUAUAGAUCUAGUCUUUUUUGGGGAUCAGGGUUUUUCGAAUAAUUCCUCUCAUCUCUUUUCUCUACGCAGGUCUUUACCUGUUCCCGGUGAGCUUACUUCAUCGUCUCCAAUGGAUUCAAAGAGAUUCGACCCUGGACAGUUGUCAACUAACUUAAAAAUAACCAACAUUGCUACAACCAUGCGGUUGAUACCAAAAGGUACUAGUGUGGAUACUUCUUGUCGACUUCAACAACAAUCCUUUGUGCAAUCAUCUGGUAGUAGCAGUCCAUCACCAUCGGCUAGCCAUAAUUCACCACAUAACAGUAGUAGUUAUAGUCUAUUCCCAAUUUCUUAAGAAGCAUUUUGCCAAGUUGGUUAUAGAAAAAGAAUUGCUUUCAGUCAACACUAUUCCCUUCUUUGCUUUUUUCUACGAUCAACAUUUAAAAAACUAGUUUGAUUGGUUCAUUUUCUUUCUUUGCUAAGUAUUUGUAAAUAAACUUAGUGCAUUUAUCGACUAGAACUAAAUCUAUUUGUAUAACGACUAAUAUUACCGCAAUUACUAACAGCCUUGACUUGUUUUGCUAUCCAGGUUUUUUAAAGGCUUAUGCAUAGUGACUGUUUACCUCUCUGAUUUUAAGCCUUUUAUUAGGGUGUUAUCGUGCCAAUUUGUCUUGUGUUUUUUUAAAUGCUCUCUCCCCACUUUGUUUUCCUUCUUUCCUCAAUGUUUCACCUAUUUAUUUUGUCGGAAUAAUUGAUUACAUGCAUUUUACAACCUUGUUUAUACCUUAAACAUUCCAUCAUUUUAAGUACUACAAUAGUAUCCUUACUGGCCUAGUUAAAAAUGUUCUGGUUGAACAGUUGUUAUAUAUAUAUAUAUAUAUAUAUAUAUAUAUAUAUAUAU